AUGUGUCGCCUCUUGAGCAUCUUCCUGGCUCUGCUGAGUCGCUUCCUGUUCGCCGUCUAUGGAGUUGUUACUAAUAAAGGGGAGCCCCUCUACUGGCUGCUGCUUUCAGGUGUGACUCUGCUGAGCGUGGAAACGGCCCUCAACCUCAAAUGCACCCGCAACGCAGAGUGGAAAUGGUUUUCCCCUAUGGUUUUCCUCUACCUCAUCCCAUCCAUCUGGUUUCUGGAGCUGAGCCUAUUACAGUCCAAGUUGCCCCUCAACACUUCCUCCGGCCAUGAGUUUCAUUUGCUGGCCCACAUCCCCAUCACAGUGGGCAUUGAAGAACUUGAACCAGAGAACUGGGUGGCAGGACUGGAGCAGAUCAUGCUUAUUGUGCUGGUUCUGGGCUGCUGGCUGAUGCCCAAAGGGGACAUGUCACGGGACCAGCUCUCUAAGCUCCUCAUGAUAUAUCUUGGACUGGGUGCUGAUAUCCUAGACAUCUUUGAUACUUUCAAGGAACCUGAAGUCAAAGGCAACCGGGUGGUUGUCAUAGUUGAUCUUGGGCUCAUGCAGUUUCCACUGGUUCUCACCCAGACUCGAGCCUCACAGGGUGACGUUCCUAUGAGCUGGAAUAGCCUCCUUUGCCGUCAUCAACCCUCAUCGUCAUUAUCUUCUUGCUGCUGCUUCAACGAAAUAUGGAGUUUGUUGCUUACUGUGUGGCUGCAAGAUGCACCGUUCCUGGCUUAUCGUCUAUACCUCAUGAUAAAAGAGCAAGACCAGAACCAGCUGAUGAUUUUCUUCACCUGCAAGAACAUACUCAAAGUUAUGUCCUUCUUGGAGCUUUACAGAAUCUACGUGGUGCAGUUUGAACAGCAGGAGUCAGUGCUGGAAAGACGUGAGGCCCUGACAACCUAUUGUCAAACCCUUGGAGGGAGUGAGGUGGAGGAUGCCGAAGGUGUAGUGCAGAGCAAAGCCAUUGUAUGGACAUGGACCUGGGAAUCGAAGGAGAGGAAGAUCAUAGACUAUCUACGUAAAGAAAAAGCAGCAAGUGUCGCGAGACAUGACUCUGACCCCUUGGGAGACAAAAAUGGGGCUGCUUUCACUUGUCAAAACGAACGCUGA